CCCGUUCGGCUUCUUUUUUUUUUUUUUUUCUUUUUUUUUUUGGGAUCCCGUUUCCGAAGCGAAAUGCUGCACCUAUUCACGGACUAACAGCCCCGGCAGUCAAUUAAUCGUUCCCGUCUCCUCUCGCAACAUUGUUGCACCGCCGUAUUGACACGCGUUGUGGUGGCGGUGGCGGCGGCGGCGGCGGUGGUUAGACUGCUGGAGGGACCGAAGGCCCCGUGGUCGUUUUGAUCCUGGACUGAUGUUUUGGACGACCUGAGUUUUAAUGUUCGCGACGGAAAGCGGGGGAAAUCUCUGUCCUGUAUUUAAAACGGAAUAUGUCUUUUUCAUGGCUGACUUGUUCACUUCUUCUGGGAACUUUAUGCGCAGGGUACAGUCUGGGUGAAGCUGAGACCCGGGAGUGUGUGUACUACAAUGAUAACUGGCGUACGGAGAGGACCAACCAGAGCGGCUUCGAGCGCUGUGAGGGGGAGAAGGACAAGCGACUGCACUGUUACGCCUCCUGGCUCAACUCCUCAGGGACCAUCAAGCUGGUGAAGAAGGGCUGCUGGCUGGAUGACUUCAACUGCUAUGACAGGCAAGAGUGUGUUUCCAUGGAGGAAAACCCUCAGGUCUUCUUCUGCUGCUGCGAGGGCAACUACUGCAAUGAACGAUUCACCCACCUUCCCGACCUGAUUGGCAGUGGAAACCGAGUGAAAAUCCGGCCUCCACCCCGGGUGCCGUCCCUGCUCAAUGUGCUGGUGUACUCCCUGUUGCCUCUCUGUGUGCUGUCCCUGGCCCUUGUUCUGGCCUUGUGGAUGUACCGCCACCGCAAGCCUCCCUAUGGCCACGUAGACCUUAGCGAGGAUCCAGGACCCACUCCUCCAUCCCCCUUGGUGGGUCUGAAACCUCUGCAGUUGCUGGAAAUCAAAGCUAGGGGGCGCUUUGGUUGUGUUUGGAAGGCCCAGUUGAUGAGCGAAUAUGUUGCUGUAAAGAUCUUCCCUGUUCAGGAUAAGCAGUCUUGGCAAAAUGAGCGGGACAUUUUUGUGACUCCGGGGAUGCGACAUGAAAACAUCUUGCGUUACAUAGCUGCAGAAAAACACGGAACCAACCUGGAGACGGAGCUGUGGCUCAUCACAGAGUUUCAUGAGAGGGGCUCACUGACAGACCACCUGAAGGGUAACACUGUGACCUGGAGUGAACUGUGUCACAUAGCAGAGACCAUGUCCCGCGGCUUGGCCUACCUCCAUGAGGACAUUCCCAGCUACAAGGGAGAGGGGCCAAAACCCACUAUUGCACACAGGGACUUCAAGAGUAAGAAUGUGAUGCUUCGAGAUGAUUUAACUGCAGUCAUUGGAGACUUUGGGCUCGCUGUACGAUUUGAACCAGGAAAACCUCCAGGAGAUACUCAUGGCCAGGUGGGUACGAGGCGUUACAUGGCUCCGGAGGUGCUGGAGGGAGCCAUCAACUUCCAGCGAGACUCCUUCUUGAGGAUAGACAUGUACGCUAUGGGCUUGGUGCUGUGGGAGCUGGUGUCCCGCUGCGCAGAGACUGACGGAACAGUUGGCGAGUACAUGCUGCCGUUCGAGGAUGAAAUAGGCCAACAUCCCUCCCUAGAGGAUCUGCAGGAUGUGGUCGUGCACAAGAAGAUGCGUCCAGUCAUCAAGGAGUGCUGGCUCAAACAUCCUGGUUUGAACCAGAUGUGCGAGACCAUCGAGGAAUGCUGGGACCACGACGCAGAGGCACGAUUGUCGGCUGGCUGCGUGGAAGAGCGCAUCGGCCAAAUCGCCAGGAUGAUCAGCAGCACUACCUCAGACAUCCCUGUCUCCAUUGUGACGUCUCUCACCAACGAGGACCUACCUCCCAAAGAGUCCAGCACCUGAACGGGUGACACCAUCCUUCACCUGAGCUCCUGACUUUUUAUUUUUCAAACCCAAAUUCAGCGGAUCUCCGUGAAUAUUUAAAAACAUCAAAAACAACUAGCAACUUGAAUGCAGCUGCUAUUUUUUCCCAAUACUGGUAUUUUUUUUUUCUGUUUUUAAUGUUUCAAUUCAGUGUUUAAAGUCAGAUCUUACUAACACAUCCAUCUGCUGUAGUUUUGAAGUAGUAAUAAGCUAUGUGAUGGGCACAUCUGAUAACACCCAUGUGUCAAAUCUUAAACGUUUUCAUUACCUCAUGUAUUUCUUUUGUGUUAGACUAUUUUUUAUUACCUCAUGAGUUGUUAUUUUGUUUUUGUUGGUCAUGAUUGUCUGUGGCCAAAUUAAAUGAAUCUUUGCUCCAAACCUCGGACGACGUGCUGCACACCUUGGAGGAAUCAUUUUGAGACUGUUAGACAAAAUAUAUUCAUCUUCCUCAGGGGUCACAAGCUUC